UGGCUGGAGCAGGUGGAGCAGCUCAGGGAGAAGGUUAGCGCCAAUCCCAAGCUUUCGAAGGCCAAGCAGGUUCACAGCGGAGGGAAAGCUUCGACAGUCGACGCCGAGCAAGCCCUUGUGGACUACAUUGACGAGCAGCGCAAGCAGCACCACGGUUGUGGUAAUCGGGAGGUGAUGAACAAGCUGCUCGAGUUGAAGCCUAACGCCCUUGGCGGCAUGUCGGCGAACGCGAAACCGACGGAGGCGCUGGCUUUCAAGGUCAAGAUCAACUCCUGGUACCAACGGUUCCGCAAGCGGAAUGGGUUCAGCAUCCGCCGGCGUACCAGCGUGGGCCAAAAACUGCCGAAGGGGUACGAGGGUAUGGCGUGGGCGACGGUGAUGAAGCUGCGCGAGGCUCUCGUAAGGCGCGCCGGUGAGAUCUACGCUCGGCGCCACCCGCCGGCACCUGACGAGAGCCCCAUCAAAGGAGAGGAUCUGACUUUCGAGCAGCUGGCGUCUGUGGAGGCGGAGGUUUUCAAGGAACUCGGCAACAUGGACCAGACGCCAGUCCAGCACGAGAUGCCGGUGGAGACCACUCUGGAGAAGACCGGUGCGAAGGAUGCUCGCAUCAGCACAGGAGGCAAAGAGAAGGAACGCUUCACGCUCGUUCUGGCUGUCAUGGCGGACGGCAAAAAGGUUUCGCCGCGCAUCAUCUUCAAGGGUACGCCGUUCAUCCCCCCGGCCGUGAGUGGCAAGGGCAAGAGCACCCUGCCGCGGAAGAACUCCGUCGCGUGGGAGAUCCAUCCUGCGAACCGCGCCAAGCACGACCACCCUGCCAACGGCAUGUCCUUCGGCGUGCAGGAGAAGAGCUGGAGUGACCAGCGGGAGUGCAACGGGUGGAUCUCGGGCAGUUGGAAGCUCCGUCCCAACAACGGCAGCAUCGUCCAGCAGCGCCCGUGCAUCCUGGUGCUGGACGACUUCAAGUGCCACAAGGACGAGGGUUACAUCGCCGCCCUCAAGAGAGACGCCAACACCAUCGUCAUCGUCAUCCCAGGCGGGUUGACGCCCUUGCUCCAACCGCUCGACCGCAUGCUCAACAAGCAGAUGAAGCGGCUGCUGCGGGGUAAGUACACCGCCUACAGCGCGUCGGCGGUCGCGGACGCCCGGUCGGGGAAGCUGAAGCCACCGGAGCGUGGGGUCGUCUCUACGUGGUGCAAGGAAGCGUGGGAGUCUAUCACCCCCGAGACGGUGUCAUCCGUACGCAAGGAACGCUUCGCGCUUGGUGAUGUGAGAGCCUGGUCCGGUGAGAACCCGGCGUGCUCCGUCCNCGAGACGGUGAAGACUUGCUUCAAGAUCUGCGGUCUCACGCUCGCGCUCGACGGCAGCGAAGACCACGCCUGGUGCGAGCACAACUUCGGGGAAGACUACCGCGACCUUCUCGAGGAGCAGUACGCCGUAUGACUCGCUGAGUACCCCGUCGUGACUCUCCCGUCGCUCAAGCUGCCGAAGGUACCAGGGGGGUUCGACUCCAACCCCAUCACGGCUGCUCAGAAGGAGGUCGAGGGGAAGCUGCCCUGAGUCGCUGAUGAGAGCGACAGCGAGGUGGAGGUCUUGGAGGGCGACAGCGACGUGGAAGUCGUGGAGGGGCAGGGGGGCGGGGGCGCCGAAGGAGAAGUAGUCGAACUUUGAAUCAUAGUUCUUUGAGCUUGCCAUGGAGAUUGGAUGUUUUUGCGAUGGUAGGGGCGCGGGCACGAAGUAGAGUUUAACCCGCCUGGGAAGGACAGUAGUAGGACGUUGGUAGCUCGUAGUGGUAGUUUGUUGUUAUUAUUUUCUUCGUUUUUGGUUUCAUCUGCGUUUAGAAUUAUGGAGUGGAUGCCGUUUGCCGAUUUGCCGAUCUUGAUUCUUCAGAACGAAAAGAAGAGAACAAAGAGUACAAAUACCACAUUAUUGAACAUCGUCAUGGUGCCAAGGGCAGCAGUAGCAGUGGAGCACGCGAUUCAAGCUCCCACAGUAUCCGGAAUUUCCAGCACAAGAUGCUGGUGAAAGGGUAUCACUUCCCGCCAAACCUCACCGCACGUAUCGGCGUCUCCGCACAGUGUGUGGAGACGACGAUACCUGUGCGAUAAUCUAGCAAAUCAUUCGGAACCCGCUUCUUUUCCGCAUACCCUGCGCCAAGACC